AUGUCUACUAAAGUAAACGCGAAAAAGGGAGUCUCGAAGAAACAGGAAGUUGUAGCCAAGGAGGUUACUAAGAAAGAAGUUACCAAGAAGGAAGUUCCAAAGAAAGAAGAACCAGUCAAAAAAGAGGAAGUUCCAAAGAAGGAGGUUGCCAAGAAGGAAGCACCAAAGAAGGAAACAAAACCAGUUGAGCACACCAAGAAGGACGUCCACGCUAAGAAAGAUACCAAAGACACUAAGAAAGACGCCAAGAAGGGAGAAAAGAAAGAAGAAGAACAAAAAGAACAAAAGAAAGAGAAAGUCUUCAUCACAGCCACCGUCUAUGCUAUUUCAGACAGAAACGGUAUUCUUAUCCAAGGACAGAAAAAAGAAGGCGAGAGCAACAUCCUCUCACUUGCUUACGUCGAUGUCCCAAGAUUGUCAAAGGACAAAGAGACUGGAAAGGUUCAAGAAGAAAUCUUCUUCUACGAAGCUAAUCAAGUCUUGAGAAAGAGAUUGAUUGGAAAGACUGUCAAAUUCGAGGUAGUCAAAGAGAUGGACAAUGGAAUCAGACUCGUUGUCCCAAUUCUUGGAAAAGAGAACAUCAUCAUCACGUUACUCGAGAACGGAUAUGCCAGCUUGAGACUUAGCCCAAGAGACCCAAGAAGAGAUGAACUCAAGGAGUACUAUGACGCCGCUGAGAAGGCAAAGAACGCACAAAAGGGAAUGCACGCUUCAUACGAACAACAAGUAAAGGUUGCCAUCAAGAAGCCAGAAACCCCAUUCUUCACUGAAUUUGAACUCAGCAAGAUGGCUGGAAAGUCUGUUGAAGGUUACGUCAAGAAGGUUGAUGCCCCAGCUUCUUAUAUCAUUGAAACCCCACAGAGAAAGCUCAUCAGAGUCUCAUUGUACGGUGUCGACCAAAUGCUCAAAUUUAACCCAGCUAACAAGAGAUUUGUCUUGGACGAAGACGCAAAGGACGCUUUGAAUUUCAUUGACAACACUUUCUUGGACAGAGACUGCACUGUUGCCAUCAAGUCAGUUGAGAAGAGAUUACACGCUAUUAUCACCGUCGACAAGAAGGACAUUGCUGAAGAGUUGUUGAAGGCCGGUUUUGUCGUUUGCGCUAAGCUCGAAGAUGCAUCUGAAGAGAUCAAACAGAAGUACGAAGCUGCUGAGAAGGUUGCCAAGAAGGGGAAGAAGGCCAGAUGGACCAACUUUGAUCAAGCUCUUGAAGACGCCAUUGUUGCCAAGAGAUUACAAAGAAUCCAAGACUUGGCUGACAGAAAGAAGAACGCCGUUGUUCUUUCUGGGUACGAGAUCGAGUCGAUUGGAAAGUUCUUAGUCGUCAGAAAGGGCGAACAGACUGCCAAAGUCUUCUUAGCCUCACUCAGAAUCAACACCAAAAAGGAUGACAAGGAGUUCAACCAACUCUUGGAGUUCAGAAUUAGAAUGCUCCUCAGAAAGCUUUUUGCUGGAAAGAAAUUGGAGUGCAAGCAAUGCUACGAGAGAGAAUUCGAAGAAGAAGAAGGCAAGAAAGUCACUGACAAGUACUAUGAUGUCUACGUCAACAAGCAGAACAUUGCUAUUCAAUUGAUUAAGGAAGGAUUCUACACAGUCGACAAGAAGUCAAAGGACGAAUUCUACCAAUCAUUCGACUACAAGGAACUUUUGGAAGUUAAGGAGGGUGUCUACACACCAAAGGCUGUUACUGAGUACAAGGCCGACAAGGACAACAUCAAGGAUGUCUACAUCAACACAUCAGUCACCGCUAUGGUCGAGAGAGUUCUUUCCGUCUCCAAAUACCUUAUCUAUAUCCCAGAGAAGGACGCAAGAAUGGCUGUCUUGCUUGCCAACUGCAGACUCCCAAGAGACGACGAGAAUGAAGCCCUCAAGAAGUUCAACCAAGAGUCCAUUUCAGAAGUCAGAAAGUUGGUUGGAACCAACGAAGUCACCGUCGACUUCAGAAACUUCAACAAAGGAAACUUCCUCGUUGAUAUCACCGUUAAGAAGACAUCAUUGGUCCACUAUGUCUUGGACAACGCAUUUGCCCAAUUUGCUGGAAAGGAAAACACUUCUGAGAAGAAUGAGGCUGCUAAAGAGAACUCUACUGGUAUCUACCAAUUCAAAUCUGCUGAGAGAAAGACCGAAGAAGUCGCUAAGCCAGUUGAGAAGAAGGAAUUCAAGAAGCACGACGAGAUCAGAUUUGGUGCUGAGCAAAAAGUCUAUUUGACUGGAUUUGAUGGAUCUAAGGUGUACUACUACAACUCCGUUGAAGACACAAAGUUCAUUGAAGACAUGUCAAAGAAGUUUGCUGUCAUCAAGAAGGCUGCUUUUGAGCUUAAAGUUGGUGAAAUGGUUGCCGUUGAAUACAAAGGAAAGUGGUACAGAGCCAAUGUUGUCGUUGUUGCUCCAAAAGCCAACAUUCUCAAGUGUGUUGAUACUGGUGUCUUUGUCACUGUUGGCAAGAAGAAGACCAAGAUGAUUGGCGAAGAAGAAAAGAAGGCUCCAAUCAACGUCAAGUCUAUUGGCCUUGUUGCCAUUGACUGCCUUAUCAAGGGAAAGAACGUCGAGUUUGACAUGAUGGUGAACACCGUCCUUGAGUUCUGCAACAAGGAAGCGUCAAUUUACAUCUCAGGAAAGGCCGAGACUGAAGCCGCCAAGGUGGUUGUUGGCAAUGUCUGCAUCAACACCAUUUUGGUUCAGAACGGUCUUGCCACGUUGUCCAGAUUCUUCAAGGACAACACCGAGUGGGGAACAGCACUCACUUAUGCCCAGGCUGCUGCCAAGGAAGGACACAUGAACGUCUGGAGAUAUGGUGAGAUCUUCGACGAGAAUGAGGGUAAAGAGUUUGACAGAAAGGACGGUUCAAAGGAUGCUAAAGGAAAGAAGCCAAAAUCUGCUCCAAAAGAGCACAAGGCUGAAACAGAAAAGAAGAACUAA